GUCGAAGGGCACCCUCUACCUUCCCAUGGCUUCGAUGAUCAAAAAAAGCGAGGUCAUACGGCUGGCCGAAGGAUGCAGAUGGCCAGAGCUCAGGGCUUUGAUAGAGAAAGAUCCGAAAGCUGCCCAGGAGCGCGACCGCUUCGGCAUGAUUCCGCUGCACUGGGCGUGCACGGAUCCAAACACCCCACAGGACCUGCUCAUGUUGCUGCUCAAGGCAUACCCUGCAGGCGCACGCGUGCUUAACAGCGGCAAGAUGCUUCCAUUGCACAUUGCCAUCAAAGCCCAAGCCAGUAUCGAGUGGCUUCAGGCAUUGUUGGCCAACUACCCCGACGCUGCUAUCGCUCUCACCCCCACAAACGAAGACGUUGUGACGUUGGCAAAAAAGUACAGGUUACCGCCCAUCUCGAUCAACCUCCUGGAAGAGAUGCGCGACCACGUCCAAAAGUCCGGCCAUCGCCCGGGCUCGCAUACCACGGAUGAAGAGGCAGAAGAUUUUGACGAUAUCCAUCGCAACGACAGCAUUCUUAUCACAACGACGCGCUUUGAUAAGGCGCGAUCGCACUCGACGUCGUCUUCAGCGCGCCCAAAUGAUUCGUUUUCCUCCGAACACCUCCAAACUCUGCACACAUCCCCGCCCGAGUUGGACGACCCCGCAACAUCAUCCCAAGCCAUCUACGCGUCGACGGUGCCGCUUCCUCCUCGAUGGACCAACGCCCUCAACUGCCACAUUUGCGCAUCCAAGUUUGGCACAUUCAAGAAACGUCAUCACUGCCGGAAUUGCGGUCAGUCCAUAUGCACCGAUCAUUCCGCGAAGCACAAGCUAAAGUUGCCCCAUUUUGGCCUCAUGACCCGUCAACGCGUGUGUGUGCGAUGCCAUGACAUCUUGACGAACGCCCCCGCCGCUGCCUUGCUACCGCCCCAGUUGAUCCCUGGCGAGCCAUCCACCACAGCUAGCGGAUCGUUAUCUUCGAUCUCUACCUCAUCAAUCAAGCUGUUCACGUCACAACGCGGUGUGUAUGCCCCGAUCGGGUCGUCCCGCGCGCAGCAUCCUGUGCCGAUGAGCCAGCCGCCCUAUCCAUUGUACGCUUUCCAGCCUGCACAAGAGCAGUUGGUCCCGUCGUCUCAGCAGCCUUCUCUGCGGGGAAUGAACUACGGCCACCAACUCGCACCAUUUGCAGAGCCAAGCAAGGACAGCGUGAUCCAAGAUAUGAACUUGCAAGUGCAGCUGCUACAACAGCAAGUGAGCAAACUUCUCGAAGAAAAACAACAGGUUGAAGAUGCGCUCUUGAUCACGCGGCGUCAGACGGCGGGUCGGUCGUCGUCGACGGCUGACGAAGUCGCCCAAGUUCAGAGUGCCGCCCAUGACAUUCCCCAACCCGAACCGGAGCAGUGUCGCGCUGUGCAUGCCGACUACUUCCGGCCGUCGUGGGAGGAAGCCGCCCCCGUUGUAUCGACCACUGCAGAACCGUCGGCCGAAGAAGAGCUGCGGCCUGUCGGUGGCGCCGCGGUGUCGGGAUUCCGGGAAACAUCGCUGACUGACCACGACGUUGCCCGGGACACGUAUGCGUGCAACACAUACGACGACAUUGGGGAAUUCCGCGACUCGCGGUUUACGCUGGACGAUCGUGAUACGUUUUUCGACAAGUACGUGGCCCCCGUGGCGACUCGCCAACCAGCACUACUGGCGCCGUCGUCGUCGCAACUCGAGGAAGUGUCCGAGGCGGACGAAAGCGACGUCGGGCGCACGACCAUCGCCGACGACUCGGAAGUCCAGCAGUACGAGCAACAGCAUACAGAAAAGGACGGGAACAUCUCCCCUGAAGACGAACAUGACGACGACAAUCAAGAAGUAGAUACACUCCUCGCGUUGGGGGUCGACAUGCUUCAGCAGGGAUGUGCCAGCGGCGCUGUUGCCGCGUUUGAGCGCGCCGUCGAACUGAUGCCCAAGGACCCGUUGCUGCACUCGUAUUUGGGGAAAGCGUGCUAUGCCGACGAAGACGUGGACCGCGCGAUUUCGGCCAUCGAACGGUCGUUGGAGCUCGAACCGUCUGCGGCCAACUGGACUCUCCUUGGCAAGAUCUUGUUUGAAAAAGGCGAUCACGACAAAGCCAUCGAGGCGUAUCAGCGGUCGCUCGAGAUGCAAAAGCGAGUCGGGUAGUUGGCACAGUGCUAACUAUUUCUCGGGUAUCAUGACGUUUGGUC